UGGUUUGUUUAUCUUCCGCUAGAGAACGGACACUGGCAACACGGAACUUCCUGCCGCGGAGAAAUUGCAAGUAGGUGGGGCAAUAGCGGGCUGUCCUCACUUUGUAAGCAUGGAUUUCAGGGUAAUAUCAGAUUAUUACCGGUCUUGCUUGUGAUAUAUACAUAAUAUAUACUACUUUAUUUCUGUAACUUUCUCGUACAAGGGUCUGCCUGAUGGAGAGUGGUACAGCAGAGUCACCCCAAGUCCAACAAGUCACGACUUACUUCGUCGUUAAAUGUGCCGCAAUUGAGAAUUUGCAUCGGUGUAUAGAAACUGGAAUAUGGGCUUGUCGAGAUAGACAAUAUCCACCUCAUCCUAAAGAUCUUCUCUCCUCAGCCCAUGAGAAAGGGCGCGUGAUUCUAGUGUUUAGUGUAAAUAAUCAGCAUGGCUGGCAUGGUUAUUGUGAAAGCAACUUCAACUGUCGGGACUUGAAAAAUGUCAGUGAAAACGCAACAAAGAAAGAAAUUGAUACUGUUUAUGUUGAUUGUGACUGUGAUAACUUGGGGGAUACGAGUGGACCUUCGAAUAAUGGUAACGAGGAUGAUGCCUCUCCAUGGCACCGUUUUCCUGUUACAUGGAAAGUGCAUUUACAAGACAUGUCCAAACUGGCUUGCUUGUCUUCAGAGAAGACCAAACACUUACAACUUCCAGAUGGAUCACCUGUCAACAAGGCUCGCAACUGGCAGCAAAUUUCAGAAGAUACAGGAGGACAGUUGUGCUCUUUGAUUAAUGAAUAUAGGGAGGGACUUUUACAAAAGAAAAGGGAAAUGGAUCUGGCCAAAGAGAUGCAGUGUGAAGUAUCUUUCUUCAAGGAUGAAGAACAUGCAGUUGACUCAAAGUCACAAAGCAGCAGCGAAUUUGGAGGCUGGGAUGUCGUGAUAGAGAAAGUGCAGCGAGAACUUGGCAAGGUACAUCUUGCUUGUCCUUUUGGCAGUCAAAGGUACAACUGUAAUCUGCCAGGCAGUGAUAAUGAUAUCUUCCUGGUUUAUCAAGCAAAAACGACGGACAUUCUUGGUUUAGAUCCCCCAAAGCAAACAAUAAAGAACAGUGACCGGGCUGUGGUGGACUACACGAUACUCGAAAUUCAGCGAUACUGUGAGUUGCUGGUCGCUGGAGAUCCAAGAUGUAUCGAAACUCUGUUUUUGUCGAAAGACGAAGGGCUGGCUCUAGCCUCGGAGCAGUGGGAGCAACUACAGGCCAUCAGGAACACUCUCCUGACACAAAAGUGUCUGGAAAAGUACAUGAAAGAGGCACAGGGGACCACAGGUGUGAAGCAGCUGCAGAAGUGGCGCUCAAACAACGGGCUGACGGAGCAACUGCCGCACAAGUUGAGCAAGCUGGGCUACAUAGUGCUCAGACUGCUACAGAAUGCCAGGGACAUGUGUGUGAGCGGAUCGCUGCAGGUGUACAGGAAGACUGACUCCACAGAACGACAAGAGUUGCUGGCGGCGCGCAAUGGAGAGUUUUCCUACACAGAGUUAAUGGAUGUUUGCAGACGAUACCAGGAGGAAAUUGAACCUCUCAAGCCAAGUUUGCCGGCGAGCCUGAAGGAAGCGAGAGCAGACGUACAGAAAUGGCUGCUGGACUGUCGCCUAGAGGAUCUCCAGCUGAAAAGUUCUUGAUACUUUUCUUUGGCUCAUUGUCAAUAGAAAAAAAGAUAGUUUGGUGCCAUAAAUGCCUUGAGUAUGACAACAUGUGUUUGCAAGUCUGUGUGUGUGUAUGUGUGUGUCUGUGUGUGUGAGUGAGUGAAUGUAUGUUUGUGUGUUGAGGUUUGAAGAAGGGGGGUGGGGGUAUGUAUGUGUAUUCAGCAUAACUUAGAAUUUGAGUAAAUUUAUGUGUAUGUGUCAGUGGAAGAGGUUGAAGGGAUUAAUUGUGCACCGCUCCUCAUUCCUUCAGGUUUGUUGGCCCUGAUAAAAACUAUCCGUCGCUUCGUUUACUAGUCAAUUUUUGGGCUUGUUGACUUACUCAAGUUAUUGGUAUCAUCUUCAAAGCUUGUUCAUUUGUCUUGCUUGCCAUUGAAAAAAAAUACCUAUCUAUCUUGAAUAGAAGUAGAGAUAUUUACGAUUGAAGGAGGUGGGGGUGACCUGCUUUCUGAGUUAAAAUUAGUGAGAAAAUGGCCGGCAAAUUUUAGUUGGUGUGGUAUGUAGUAUGUCUACUGAAUAAAUGCUGCGUCUUUGUUUCUUGUUUUCCUCGAUUUAUUGUAAAAAUCUGCUUUUCUGUAUACAACAAAUGUUUUCUUGUGCAUCAAAUCUUUCUUUUAAAAACAAAAUUUGUUUGUAAUAAAUGCUUGUAGAGCUAG